AUUUAAAUUUAGUUUCCUUUCCCCCAAAUCUCUUACCCUGUUUUCUUUGUGCGAAAUGUUAUAAUUCCUUCUCUUCUCCGAAUCACAUGACCGUCCACAACUCAGCAACAAAAUCCCCCAAAUAUGUGGGUAAAGAGGUGCUAUUGGAAUUGAAUUGCAUCAAUCCAUAUGCAUUUCCUUCUCUUCCCUUUCCAUCUCACUUAGAGAGAGGGUAAAGGGGAGACAGAUUUGCUGCUAGCUGUUGUGAAUCUGGUGAUUAUUGGGUGACAGAUCGAAUUGGAUUUGAGGAAACGGCUCAAUAAGAGUGAGGGACGAUGGCAGCGGCGGCAAUUGGAAAUGGCGGUGGUGGUGGUGCUGGUAGUUUUCUACCUCACCUGUUGCGUGGGAGAUGGUUCAUGGUGUUCGCCUCAUUCUUGAUCAUGGCGGGGGCAGGGGCUACUUAUCUCUUCGGCACAUACUCCAAACAGAUAAAAAAAUCCCUUGGUUAUGACCAAACAACUCUUAAUUUAUUGGGCUUCUGCAAGGAUCUUGGUGCCAGCGUGGGAGUUCUCUCCGGUCUCAUCGCCGAGGUUACGCCUACCUGGUUCGUCCUCUUGGUCGGCGCCGGCCUCAAUUUCACCGGCUACUUCCUCAUAUGGCUCGCCGUGGUUGGUAAAAUCCCCAAGCCGGCCGUUUGGCAGAUGUGCGUCUUCAUUACCAUCGGUGCCAAUUCCCAGAACUUCGCCAACACAGGUUCGCUCGUCACCUGCGUCAAGAAUUUUCCCGAGAGUCGAGGCGUUAUGUUGGGUCUGCUCAAGGGAUUCGUAGGACUCAGCGGAGCCAUCAUGACCCAGAUGUACCUAGCAAUAUAUGGCGACGACGCCUCAUCGCUCAUCCUCCUCAUCGGUUGGCUUCCGGCACUGAUUUCCAUCAUCUUCGUGUACUCCAUCAGGGUGAUUAAGGUGGUCCGUCAGCCCAAUGAGAUCAAUGUCUUCUACCAUUUCCUCUACGUAUCCCUCGCUCUUGCCGCGUUUCUCAUGAUCAUGACCAUCCUUCAGAAGCAGAUUGUUUUCACCCACGCUGCGUACAUCGCCAGCGUCACAGUUGUCUUUGUAAUCCUCUUCAUCCCGCUAGGCAUUGCCAUUAGAGAAGAAUACGCCCUCUGGAAUCUCAAGAAUCAGCCCAUCAAUCCGCCUUCCGACAUCGCCAUCGGCAAGGGGCAGACGCCGGAGUCCAAACAGAUAGCGGCAGAGCCCUCUCCCGCGCAGAAUAAACCCAAAACCUCAUGCUGGAACAUCUUCAGCAAGCCAGACAGAGGCGAGGAUUACGGAAUCUUACAGGCACUCCUUAGUGUCGAUAUGUUGAUUCUGUUCAUUGCGACCUUUUGUGGGCAAGGCAGCUGCCUGACGGCUAUAGACAAUCUGGGCCAGAUUGGAGAGUCAUUGGGUUACUCGCCUCGUAUCGUCAAAUCCUUCGUGUCACUCGUAAGCAUAUGGAACUACUGCGGGAGGGUUUUCGCCGGGUUCUUGUCUGAAUACUUGCUGGUGAAGAUGAGAUUCCCACGGACUCUGAUGAUGACUAUGAUGCUUCUCUUGUCCUGCGUGGGAUACCUUCUCAUUGCCUUCCCCUUCCCAGGCUCCCUCUAUGUAGCAUCUGUCAUCAUUGGGUUUGCCUACGGCGCCAUACUGACGCUACUCUUCGCCAUCAUAUCGGAGCUUUUCGGACUCAAAUACUACUCCACAUUGUUCAAUUGCGGCCAAUUGGCGACCCCACUGGGGUCGUAUGUACUCAACGUGAGGGUCGCGGGGAAGCUUUACGACAGGGAAGCCUUGAAGCAACUGGCACAGAAGGGGCUUGAUAGGUCGGCGGUGAAGGAAUUGACUUGUAUAGGGUCUCAGUGUUACAGAUUUUCCUUCAUCGUUCUAGCGGCGGCGUCGUUCUUUGGAGCACUGGUUUCAUUCAUUUUGGUGAUUAGAACACGAAAGUUUUACAAGAGCGAUAUUUACAAGAAGUUCAGAGAGGAAUCGGACACAACGGAAAAAGAGAUAACGUUAUCAUCUGCCUCAGGACGCCGCUAAUUAAGACCGAAACAAGAUAACAUUCCUGCAUACUUUGUUCAUAUAUAUAUGGGGAUAUUGUUCAUUCAUAAGUUGGAGCAUGGAAGGGAAUGUGCUAAAUCCCUUUAAUUUCAAUUCUUUUGUUUGGGUGGGUGGAUGGGUGGGGAUGUUGUUCUUCCUUUACAUGUUUCUAACUCAACCAAGAAAUUUCUCA